GGGCGCCGCCUUUUGCUCGCGGAGCCGGCUUUGUAGGGCCGGCUGUGGCGGCGGCAACAUGGCGGACGUGCUGAGCGUCGGCGUGAACCUGGAGGCCUUUUCCCAGGCCAUCAGUGCUAUCCAGGCGCUGCGCUCCAGCGUGAGCAGGGUGUUCGACUGCCUGAAGGAUGGUAUGCGCAACAAGGAGACGCUGGAGGGCCGGGAGAAGGCCUUCAUUGCGCACUUCCAGGACAACUUGCAUUCAGUCAACCGGGACCUCAAUGAGCUGGAACGUCUGAGCAACUUGGUGGGCAAGCCUUCGGAGAACCAUCCUCUCCAUAACAGUGGGCUCCUGAGCCUGGAUCCCGUGCAGGACAAAACUCCUCUGUACAGUCAGCUCCUUCAGGCGUACAAGUGGUCGAACAAGUUGCAGUACCACGCAGGACUGGCGUCUGGCCUUUUGAAUCAGCAGUCACUGAAACGCUCUGCUAACCAGAUGGGAGUAUCCGCUAAACGUCGACCAAAGGCUCAGCCCACGACCCUUGUCUUGCCGCCUCAAUAUGUUGACGACGUGAUCAGCCGCAUUGACAGGAUGUUUCCUGAAAUGUCCAUCCACUUAUCCAGGCCCAAUGGAACAUCUGCCAUGCUUCUGGUGACCUUGGGGAAGGUGCUGAAAGUGAUCGUGGUCAUGCGGAGCCUGUUCAUCGACCGCACGAUAGUGAAGGGGUACAACGAAAACGUCUACACAGAGGACGGCAAGCUUGAUAUAUGGUCCAAAUCCAACUAUCAGGUAUUCCAGAAGGUGACGGACCAUGCCACCACUGCCCUGCUCCACUAUCAGCUGCCCCAGAUGCCAGACGUCGUGGUCCGAUCCUUCAUGACCUGGUUAAGAAGUUACAUAAAGCUGUUCCAGGCCCCGUGCCAGCGCUGCGGGAAGUUUCUGCAAGACGGCCUUCCCCCCACGUGGAGGGAUUUCCGAACCCUCGAAGCCUUCCACGACACCUGCCGGCAGUAACCCGGCCCCAGCCCCCCAUCCAGCACCUGCCCCAACGAGCCCUAAGUAGCAUGAUGGUUCAGACGUGUCUUCCCGGCCCGGACACCAACACAGCCCCCCGCUCCCUCUUGCAAAGCAGCGUGUCGUACGAUAGGCCGAGCUUCUCGAGGAACAGAUUCGCUCUCUGUUGAUGGACUGAUGAUCCGCUGGGGGUGGACUGGGGAGGCUAGAGCAGACUCUUCAGGACCGGGCGUGAGGACUCGCCCCGGCCCGUCCUCCCCUGUGCAUUCGCGGUGCUGGUCAGCCCAUCCUCCCGGAUCUACGUUCUAAGUCGUUUGGAGUUGGAAUGAGCACUGGUGUCAUGCCGAGUGUUUUGUUUUGUUUUGUAACUUAUUUUUGUAAGCAAUAAACCUUUUCUAUCCAGGA